AUGUAUGAUCACUUCGCUACGAAGCCGAAAAAAAAUAAAGAGACAUAUUUAGAAGUUAUAAAAAUGUUCGAGGGUAACGAUAUUCGGCGACGAGGACAUGUGGAAUUUAUAUAUGCCGCCUUAGCCCGCAUGAAAGAAUUUGGUGUACAAAAAGACUUGGAAGUGUAUAAAGCUCUGGUAGAUGUGUUACCAAAGGGAAAAUUCAUACCUACAAAUAUUUUUCAAGCAGAAUUCAUGCAUUAUCCAAAACAGCAACAAUGUGCAGUUGAUUUGUUGGAACAAAUGGAAGAUAAUGGUGUAAUACCUGAUUAUGAAAUGGAACAAAUGUUGUUGAACAUUUUUGGUAGACGUGGAAUACCAUUACGUAAAUUUUGGCGUAUGAUGUACUGGAUGCCUAAAUUUAAAAACCUCAGUCCAUGGUACUUACCUGAUCAACUACCUAAUGACACAUUGGAUUUAGCAAAGCUUGCAGUACAAAGAAUAACAAGUGUGGACCCGGAUAUGCAAAUAAGUGUAUGGCAGACAGAAGAGAUAGAAGCUUCAUUAGACAAGACUUGGAUUGUAAGUGCACAGAGUAGAAUACAACAAGCUUUACUGGCUGAGCAACCUCCAGAUGACCCAUUAAUUGUGAAGGGCCCCUACAUUGUUUACUUGAAAGAUCAAGUUGUGUCUUACUUCUUACUGCUUGGUAAAAUCCGACCGGAACAUAAUGAUGACAAAGAUCUUGAUGAUGUAUCUAAUAUUGAAAAGCCUCCUGGUAUACCUGGUUUUAUCGGGAGUACAAAGUUACCAGCUAUUAAAUGCACAGUGCAUGAACAAGAUGAUGGUACAAUUGUCUCAGUUUGUGCUACAGGAACAUCAUCAAGGGAUUCGCUUUUAUCAUGGAUUAGGCUAUUAGAGAAAUAUGGUAACCCAGUGUUAUCAGAUAUACCAGUAAUAUUUACAUUGACAGCACCACCAACAGACAUUGUAAUGCAGGAAACUCAACCAGCAGUAAAAGAAACAGAUGAUGAACAAAUCAAAACAAACUGA